AUGGCAGCAAUCAUCGUUGACUUUCAAAACUGUUUCAUCUUCUCCAUCCUCAUAUCUCUCUUUUCACUCCUUUUCUACCGUAUCCUUGUCAAGAAACAAAACCCCUCUGGCUAUGAUUUGCCUCGGAGCCCACCGGCUCUGCCCUUGAUCGGCCAUCUUCAUCUUCUCCUCUCUACGAAACCCCACAAGUCUAUUCAGAAACUCUUCACCAAGUACGGACCGUUACUCCAUCUCCGCGUCUUUAACAUCCCAUUUAUCAUAGUCUCUUCAGCUUCAGUGGCCAACGACAUGUGCAAGACGCACGACGUGAGUCUCUCGUCUCAUGGAACUCUGGGAAUCGACGAGUCACUCUUGUUUGGAUCUUCAAGCUUCCUCAUGGCUCCCUAUGGAGCUUACUGGAAACUCCUGAAGAAGAUCGCCGUCACGACCAUGACCGGACCGCAGGCGCUUGAGCGGUCACGAGGCGUUCGUGCUAAAGAGAUUGCUAGGUUUUACUCAACAUUACUCCAUAAGGCGAAAAACAACGAGAGCGUUGAGAUCGAGUUAGAAGCAAUGAAGCUCACAAGCAACAUCAUAUGCAGCAUGAGCUUGGGGAGGAGGCUUUCCGAGGAGAAUGGUGAGGCAGAGAAACUAAGGGGUUUAGUGACAGAUACAUUUACCUUGAUGAAGAAGAUAACCUUGACUGUCGUGUUACACAAGCAACUUGAGAAGCUUGGUUUCUCACCUUUCAAGACAAAGAUAAUGGGUGUCUCCCAAGGGUUCGAUGAGCUGCUAGAGAAGAUUUUUAAGGAACAUGAAGAGAAACCGGAUGGUCAUCAAGGUUCGGAUAUGAUGGACGCCUUGUGGACAGCUUAUCAAGACUCAAACGCAGAGUUUAGGAUCACUAGGAAGGAGAUCAAGUCGUUUCUAGUGGAUAUUCUGAUUGGUGGGAUUGACACAACGGUGGAAGCAAUACAGUGGACAAUGGCUGAGAUUCUUAGCAACCAAAACGUCCUUGAGAGACUGAGAGAAGAAAUCGAUUAUGUUGUAGGGAAAACAAGGUUGAUUGAAGAAACUGAUGUAACCAACCUCCCUUACUUGCAAGCAGUGGUUAAGGAAGGGCUAAGAUUGCAUUCUCCGUUUUUUUUCGUGUCAAGAAUGUUGCAAGAAGGUUGCAAGAUCGGAGGGUUUUAUGUACCGGAAGAGACGCCGGUUGUGGUUAAUGCUUAUGCUGUGAUGAGAGAUCCAGAGAACUGGGAAUGUCCUUGCGAGUUUAAGCCGGAGAGGUUUCUAGCUUCCGGACAAGAAGAUGAGAGAAAAGAGCAAGCAAUGAAGUUUAUUCCUUUUGGAUAUGGAAGAAGAGCUUGUCCUGCUUCCAAUAUGGCUCUCACCUCUAUAGGUAUUGCAAUUGGGAUAAUGGUGCAAGGAUUUGAUUGGAGAAUCCAAGGAGAGAAUAUUUGUAUGGAAGAGGCUUCUGGAUUGAUGACAAUGAAGAUGGCUCGUCCCCUUACGUGCACUCCUGUUGCUCGAGGUAAAUAUCUGAGUACUUGA